CCUGCUUCCCCCGCACAUCCAACUUCAUCGCUUCAUCCAUCCACCCCGAGAACGUUGUCGUGCAACGCGGUAGCGACGAUUGUAGAAAGCGUUCACACGCGCUUUCGAGAAUAAAACGGAAAGGAUGAGCAGCGAGGGUCAGAUCUUCAAACGCGACGGGCAGCCUAUCAAGUUCUUUCUUGCUGCAGGGCCCACCUACGUGACGGAGAAGGCGGGCUUGAGACCACGGGAUGUAAAGGAAUUGGCAACGAAGAUUAAGGCGUACGGCGGACGCCUCGUACAAGACAUUAGAGAGGCCGAAGUAUGGAUAGCAAGCGACACAGCUCUCAGGACAUACAAGAGAUAUUGCGGGAACGACCCGGAUCAUCGUGCCGAAGGGGCAAGCUUUGUGCUUAAGUGCAUCAAGCGCAAAGCUUUCCAAGCUGAGCGCCGUAAAAAAAGAGUACCUAUGCGAGGCUGCCCACCGGGAAGGCGGUCGCGCUUUACCGCCGAGGAAGAUGAAUUACUCUGCCGGUGGAUUGCACAGGAGAUUCCUGAUGUCAAUACAAAGGGGCGCAACGGUGAAAGCAUUCACAAGUUGUUUGUCGAGAUGGCUGAGAAGGAACAUUGCUGGGCUCUGGCCAAGAAGCAUCCUUGGCAGUCGUGGAAGCAGCGCUACAAGGUCCACAAAUACCGUCUGGACAUCAGAAUCGAAGAGAUUGUGCAGGAAAAGCGCCUUAUGGAGGAGGACGAGAACAGUAUAGACAACAAUGGCAGUGAUGGCAAGGCAAGUGACGAAGGCGAGUUCUCUCUGGGCAGUGACAGUGAGAGCGAGGAAGACGAG